GUAGAACAGAGUAGCAACAAUUCAACAAUGGGAACCGUAACGUUAUCGGCAGCUUCGCCUUCUUCAGCUCCGUUGAUGAUAUUCCGCCGCCUCCUCCGGUCCGCCACCCCUCUCCUCUCUUUCUCCCUCCGCCCAAAACAGCCCGUCUAUUUUUACCCCCAGACGACGUCGCUUUUCACCCCUGCCCGCCCCCAUUUCUUAUAUCAAACUCACCAUUUCUCUUCAAACCACCCACUUCAAGCCCUUCUACAAUUUCAAGACGACGUCGUUGAAGGAACCGACGAAAAUACCGAUGAUGAUGAAAUUGAGGAACUCGAACCCGAAGCAGUAGCGGUUACAGUUACCACAGAGUCUUCCGAAGCUCAGAGGCUGCAUUCGAAGCUUCAGAGACUCACAGUGAAGGAGAAGAAAGAGUUAGCUUCUUAUGCGCACAGUUUGGGGAAGAAGCUCAAGUCCCAACAGGUCGGCAAGUCUGGAAUCACUGAUACUGUCAUCCUCGCAUUGGGUGAAACCCUUGAAAAAAAUGAGAUUUUGAAGCUUAAAAUACAUGGCACCUGCCCGGGAGAGCUAGAGGAUGUGGUGAGGCAAUUGGAACAAGCCACGGGAUCAGUUGUGGUUGGUAAAAUUGGUAGAACCGUGAUUCUUUAUCGACCAAGCCUUUCCAAAUUGAAAGCUGAAGAGAAGAAGAAGCUUGUUCAAAGAGCUAUUUUGAAAAAACAAAUGCUGAAUAAAGACAAGAAACCAGUGCAGGUUAAGGGACAGGGUAAGGGACUAGUUCCAAGACCAUCUAACCGUGGUCGCAGAGGGGGUAGCAGAUUUUCUCUAGAUACAGCCCAAAAAUGAAUUUUGAACUUUUGAUACCCCAUCAUUCAUCAUAUGGUCUGUGAUAACAAGGUGUGGCCUUGAAUGAAAUGCUGCAAGAGCUAAUAUGAGAUUGCAGAGGCCCUAAUAGCACAUUGAACUUUCAUCCAAAGAGAAUUGCCAUUAGAGCAGCACGUAUUAGUGUGUUACUUCAACUAAUCUGGCAAAGAUGGAUUAAUAUGUUUCCCAGAAUUUGCCAACGACAAAGCAGCAGGAUUCUUUGUAGACUUUAAACAUUUUGACCUUGUUUUAUGGUAUUGUAGGGAAACUCUGAAAAUGUUCCAUGUUUCUUCUCAUA